AUGUCUCUUUCUCGUUGUUUCUUUCUUUCUUUCUUUCUUUCUUUCUUUCUUUCUUUCUUUCUUUUUUGUCUCUUCCUUUUAAUUGUUCUUUGUGUCAUUCUCUCCAGGUCUCUUUCUUUCUUUCUAUGUCUGUCUGACUUUCUUUCGUUCUUUCUUCCUCUCUAUGUAUGUUUCUUUGGUUCUCUCUGUGUCUUUCUUUCUUUCUUUCUUUCUUUCUUUCUUUUUUGUCUCUUUCUUUCUUUCUAUGUCUGUCUGACUUUCUUUCGUUCUUUCUUCCUCUCUAUGUAUGUUUCUUUGGUUCUCUCUGUGUCUUUCUUUCUUUCUUUCUUUCUUUCUUUUUUGUCUCUUUCUUUCUUUCUAUGUCUGUCUGACUUUCUUUCUUCUUUCUUCCUCUCUAUGUAUGUUUCUUUGGUUCUCUGUGUCUUUCUUUCUUUCUUUCUUUUUUCUUUCUUUUUGUCUCUUCCUUUUUUAAUUGUUCUUUGUGUCAUUCUCUCCAGGUCUCUUUUUCUUUCUUUUUAUGUCUGUCUGACUUUCUUUCGUUCUUUCUUCCUCUCUAUGUAUGUUUCUUUGGUUCUCUCUGUGUCUUUCUUUCUUUUCUUUCUUUCUUUCUUUCUUUCUUUUUGUCUCUUCCUUUUAUUGUUCUUUGUGUCAUUCUCUCCAGGUCUCUUUCUUUCUUUCUAUGUCUGUCUGACUUUCUUUCGUUCUUUCUUCCUCUCUAUGUAUGUUUCUUUGGUUCUCUCUGUGUCUUUUUUUUCAUUCUCUCCAGGUUUUUUUUCUUUCUAUGUCUGUCUGACUUUCUUUUUGUUCUUUCUUCCUUUUAAUGUUUCUUUGGUUCUCUCUGUGUCUUUCUUUCUUUCUUUCUUUCUUUCUUUUUUGUCUCUUCCUUUUUAA